AUGUCGUCUCUCGAGGUAACCCACCACCCAGAGGAGGAGUUUGGCUUCCGCGCCCCUUCCAUCGAUGACCGUACCGCUAUUUCUACACCCGCCGACCCCGAGAAGGCGCUUUCGCCAUCCGCCACAUUCGUCGACCUGGCCGGUGCCGCCCUGGAGAAGAGGAAGGACUCUGACACCUCCCCCUCUCUCUCGCUCACGACCGAGGACACUCUUCCAGUGACCAUUGUGGACGAGGUCGCAUCCGAGAAGGUUUCGGGCUCGGACCGCCCACAGCUUAGCCAGGGACGCAAGUGGACUCUUCUCGCCAUCUUCUCCCUUGCCAUGUUCAUUGACAUCUGGUGCUACUCGGCCUUCUUCAUCUUCACCGACCCCAUCUCGGUCGACCUCGACGUUCUCUUUGAGCAACAGUCAUGGAUCAUCACCUCGUACUCUGUCACCUUUGCCGCCUUCCUCCUGUUCUGGGGCCGCGUCUCGGACCUGUACUCCGCCAAGCCCGUCUUUGUCUGGGGCUUCGCCAUGCUCGGUGUUCUCAACCUCAUCAUCUCGUUCAUGCCCGACAAGUACUCGUUCUUUGUCCUGCGUGCCCUCGCUGGUAUCUCUGGCGCCGCCCUCAUUCCCGCUUCGUACCGCCUGAUCACCUUUGUCUUCCCUCCUGAGGAGCUCGGCAUGGCCUUUACCAUCUACGGUACCUCGGGUGCCAUCUCAAACGUCACCGGCACCAUUGUCGCGGGCUUUAUCAUGUACAUUCCCGGCUCUGGCCAGAUGGCCGCUUGGCGCUGGUUCUUCCGCAUUCUUGCCGCCCUUGUCAUCCCCGUCGCCCUCGCCGCCUUCUACAUUGUCCCUCGCCCGACCGGUAGCGAUGCCCAUGCCGACACCAAGACCAAGCUGAAGCGUCUCGACCUCGUCGGCUCGUUCAUCAUGCUUUCGGCCAUCAUCCUCCUCAUUCUCGGCCUGACUCUUGGUGCCUCUUACGGCUGGAAGAAGCCUGGCUUCCUUGUCCCCUUCCUCCUCUCGUUUGUGCUCUUCCCCCUCUUCUUCAUCUGGGAGGCCCGCAUCCCUGAGGAGUACGCUCUCAUCCCCCCCAAGACCUGGGCCAUCCCCAACUUUACCGUCUGGAUCGUCUUUGCUCUCCAGAUCUACCCUUGGUGGGGCGUCAACUUCCUCGCCCUUGUCGAAGUCUUCACCACCGUUCACGGUGAAAAGGCCAUCAUCGCUGCCGUCCGCGUCCUUCCCCAGGGCAUUAUUGCCUUUGCCGUCACCCUCCUCCUCACCUGGAAGCCCCAGCUCGUCUCGCGCCCCCGCUACACUGUCACCAUCGGUAUGGUAUUUGGCAUUAUCGGAUACGUUCUCAUGACCCGCCCCACGAGCUACAUUGGCGCCGAGUACUGGAAGUUCCUCUUCCCGGCCUUCAUCCUCGGUUCCGGUGGUCUCAUGGCUGCCUUCACCGCCACCAACGUCGGUGUCAUGACCUCUGUCCCUGCCGAGUCGUCUGGUGUUGCCGGCGCCGUCCUCCAGGUCUCCUACCAGGUCGGUUCGGCUGUCGGAUUCUCCAUCCAGGCCGGUCUCUUCACUGUCAACCCGGGAUCCAUCUCGAACCCCGCCAACGUCCACGCCUCGUUCUACUUCCAGAUGGGCUGGGCGGCCCUCUGGCUCAUUGGCUUCCUCGCCUUCUUCCGCCAGGCGAAGCGUUCCGUCUCGUCUGACGCGGACGGAGCUGAGCAGGGCAGGGUGAUCAUCACUGCUCACUAA